UGUUGGCGAGUGUAUCUGAGGCGGCCGAGAAAGCUCCUCCUUUUAUACAAGCAUCCCAUCUUCUCGAGCUUCACUGCACCUCUCGAGUUCGGGUGGUCAAGACGUUUCCAGACUCCUUCUUGCGUGACUUCACUUGAAUCAUUCAAAAUGCCUCAGCCAUUCCCUGAAAUCAAGUCCUCCCACAGCUUGGUGGCCAAGCACGUGACCAAGGAGAAAUGGGACAAGUUGAGCGACAUUGUCACCAAGACCUCCGGCUUCACCUUGGCCAAGGCCAUUGCUUGCGCCGUUGAGUUCGACAACCAGCACUGCGGUAUCUACGCCGGAGAUGAGGACUCCUACAUCGACUUUGCCGAUGUGUUCGAUCCCCUGAUCUGCGAGUACCAUGGUCUCAAGCCCGACUUCAAGCAUGUGUCUGACAUGGACUCCUCCAAGCUCCAGGGCAAUGUCAACCCCGAAGUGCCCGUGCACUCCGUGCGCAUCCGUGUGGGUCGCUCCAUCCAAGGCUACGGUCUUUCCCCCGGAAUCACCAAGGAGCAACGUGUGGGCGUUGAAGAGCUCUUCAAGAACGCUUGCAAGAAGUUCUCCGGCGAUUUGUCUGGCCAAUACUUUGCCCUCACCGGCAUGGACGAGAAGGUCCGCCAACAAUUGGUUGAUGACCACUUCCUCUUCAUGUCUGGCGACCCCAACUUGAAGGUGGCCGGCAUGGAGCGUGACUGGCCCGAAGGCCGCGGCAUCUUCCACAACGAGGCCAAGACCUUCUUGGUCUGGGUCAAUGAGGAGGAUCAACUCCGCAUCAUCUCCAUGCAAAAGGGCGGUGACGUCAAGGGCGUGUUCGAGCGUCUGGCCCGUGGCAUCCAAGCCGUGGGUGAGUCUGUCAAGGCCGAGUCUGGCAAGGACUUCAUCCUGUCCGAGAAGUUCGGCUACGUCCACUCCUGUCCCACCAACUUGGGCACCGGCAUGCGCGCCUCUGUCCAUGUGGACCUCCCCGGAUGGACCAAGGAAGGUGUCGACCUAUUGAAGAAGCGAUGCGAGGAGCUCAAGGUUCAACCCCGAGGAACUCGCGGAGAGUCUGGCGGUCAAACUGGCCACACCUACGACAUCUCCAACAAGCAUCGUCUGGGCUACUCCGAGGUUGAGUUGGUCCAGACCAUGAUUGAUGGUGUGAACACUCUUUACAAGGAGGAUGUGGAGCUCCAGAAGAAGCACGGCAUGUAAAGAGGUCGUGAAUAAGUGUGAAAUCAACCAAUAGCAGCAACACGUGUAAAACUGGAAAAUAACAACAAAGAUAAACUAUUGCUACACUACCAACAGCCACACGCAAGAACAUCAUCAUUCCUUGUCAUCUCUCCUGAACGACAACUCUUCUCCAAAUUGAACCACCCACCAACCCUCCAGUCUGUGGGAUCCACUCCGCAUUAUUAUUAGGAACAACGGCGGCGGCGACCACGACCAUCCACAGCAACAACAACACCUACCACUCCUAUCUACACCAUCAACAUCCAAAGAAAGAGACUAUUUGGGGGUCGUCUCGAAUUAGAGUGUCAAUCGAUUAAGGCUAGAAUAAAUCUAUGUACGACAUAAUGGAACAUCAUUAGAAAUAAAGCAUCACGUCUAAUUCGAAACAUUGUUAA